GGUAGGGGUAGGAGAAUGAAUUGUAGUAGACAUGGCCGAGUAUUAAUUUGGUGUAAUGACUAUCGUGCUGGAAGUUUAUUUAAAAAGUUAUGUGCUGAGUGUUUUGUAAUUAGUUUAGUUUUUUAAAACAAUAAAAUUCAUAGAUAUAUCAAAGAUGCAGAAUGUAGCACAAGGAUCAAGUGCAGAUAAUCAAAAACUUGAAAAAGUGAAUGCCCAUGAAGUAGGGAAAUCGUCGACUCCCCAAUCUUCCAACUCAAGUCCUACGAAGUCUGAAACGGAUACUUUUCCAGAGUUACAACCCAGAUUCAUGACAGACUCAUCAGAAAGCGAAGACGAUGACGUCUCCGAGGUGGAGUCAUUCGUCAUCGACCAGGAGGAUUUAGUUGAGGAGGCUCGUCUGCAAACAUCCAAGUUCCUUUUGUCACCAGAAGAGUCUGACCACUCUGUAGAUCCUGAGACCCAAGCUAGGCUCGAGGCCCUACUAGAAGCAGCUGGUAUCGGCAAGCUGGCGACGGGCGACGGGAAGCACCUUGCUGACCCGGAAGUGCUUCGGCGACUGACAUCGAGUGUGUCCUGCGCCCUGGACGAGGCAGCAGCCGCCCUUACGCGCAUGCGCAGCGAGAACCCGCAGCAGCGGCCUCAGCCCGAAACUAGGUCGCUGGUGGAGGCGUGCACUGAUGGGGAUGUGGGCACAGUGCGCAAGCUGCUGACCGAGGGUCGCAGUGUCCAUGAAACCACCGAGGAAGGAGAAAGUCUGUUAUCGUUGGCUUGUUCAGCUGGAUAUUACGAGCUGGCUCAGGUUCUGCUAGCGAUGAAUGCGAAUGUAGAAGACCGGGGCAUCAAGGGAGAUUGCACUCCUCUGAUGGAGGCCGCCUCAGCUGGCUUCACUCAGAUCGUGCAGCUCCUCAUCGAACAUCGGGCCGAUGUCAACGCUCAGUCCUCAUCAGGGAACACGCCGCUGAUGUACGCAUGCGCGGGAGGCCACGAGGACGCGGUGCGAGUGCUGCUGGAGGCGGGAGCCAAUGUGGAGGACCACAACGAGAACGGCCACACCCCACUCAUGGAGGCAGCCAGUGCCGGCCAUGUCAGUGUAGCCAAGAUAUUGUUGGAGCAUGGUGCGGGCAUUAACACUCACUCAAAUGAGUUUAAAGAAUCAGCUCUGACUCUAGCUUGCUACAAAGGGCAUCUGGAUAUGGUUCGAUUCCUGUUGGAAGCUGGCGCUGAUCAGGAGCAUAAAACUGAUGAAAUGCAUACUGCCCUGAUGGAAGCUUCAAUGGAUGGCCACGUGGAAGUUGCCAAAUUGCUAUUGGACUCGGGUGCACAGGUGAACAUGCCAACUGAUAGUUUCGAGUCUCCUUUAACGUUGGCCGCCUGUGGUGGGCACGUGGAAUUAGCCCUUCUUUUGAUUGAAAGAGGAGCCAACAUUGAGGAGGUGAACGACGAAGGGUACACACCGUUGAUGGAAGCGGCUAGGGAGGGCCAUGAAGAGAUGGUGUCUGUUCUUCUCAAUAGAGGUGCCAAUAUCAACGCGCAAACAGAAGAAACGCAGGAGACAGCUCUGACGUUGGCUUGCUGUGGUGGGUUCAUGGAUGUGGCCGAUUACCUCAUCAAGAAUGGAGCUGAGCUCGAAUUGGGGGCAUCCACACCUCUCAUGGAAGCUGCACAGGAAGGACACUUGGAGCUUGUCAGAUACCUGCUCGACGCGGCGGCAGACGUGCACGCGCAGACGCAGACGGGCGACACGGCGCUGACAUACGCUUGCGAGAACGGGCACACGGAUGUGGCGGAUCUGCUGCUGCAGUACGGCGCCGACCUGGAGCACGAGUCGGAGGGCGGUCGCACGCCGCUGAUGAAGGCAUGUCGCGCCGGCCACCUCUGCACCGUCCAGUUCCUCAUCAGCAAAAGCGCCGACGUCAAUCGCCAGACCACCAACAACGACCACACGCCCCUCUCACUCGCCAGCGCCGGCGGACAUCUGCCCGUUGUCGAGCUCCUUCUCACGCACAGUGCCGACCCUUUUCACAAACUCAAGGAUAAUUCGACGAUGCUGAUAGAGGCAGCGAAGGGCGGACACACGGCAGUGGUGCAGCUGCUGCUGGACUACCCGCACUCGAUCAUGAUGACACCGCCGGCGGCCCCAGUCGGGCCAACGCUGCCGCCGCAGUCCGCACAGACGCAGACAAUGCCGCAGCCGCCGACGCCGCAGCCGCAGACGCCGACGCCCACCGGUCUCCACGAGGUGCCUGACGCCGUGCGCGCGCACCCCAACGAUGACCUCCAAGUCAAUGCCAAAGCUGCUGCCAUCGCUGGGAGAAUAAUCGAACACCUGGGUCCAACUGGAGUGAGCAAACACACUGCCAAUCCUGCCCAAAAGUCUGUAUUGCGCAAGAACCGACUCCUCACUUCCAACGAUAACCUCACAUCUCCUGAAGUUCAGCAGGUUCGCAAUCCGCCUGGCAGUGAAAGUGAGCCGAUGAUAGUGGAAAAGGGCAGUGCAGCGGCCAACAGGCGACAGCAGGCCAUUGAACAGCAAUUCCUUCAAAAACAACUCAUUGUCGAAGAGUUGCAGAGGGUGGAACAGGAGCUGAAUGAGAAGUCUCCUAUGCCCCCACUGGUAGAUGUUAGAACUCUUCCUAUUCAUACGUCACCUAUACCUCCUACUCCUGUAACAUCGUGUAGCAGCUCUGUUAUUCCUCUCUCUCUACCAGUAGACCAAAACAUCUCUGCGCAAGGUAUUGUGUGCAAUUCAGCGCUGUAUCAUAAUGGUAUGCCAAUGCCCAACAAUUUCUGCAAAACGGAAAUAGCCAUUGCCACGCCAGGACCUGGACUCCCCCCCGCAACAUCACAGCAGCCGAUUGCUGCUGAUGCUGCCCAGUCAACUGCCAUCAGCGAUCGUCCGAAGGCAAAACCGUUCUCCAAAAAAGAAGGAAAGAACCUAAGGAAGCAACAGCAACAACAGCAGCAGCAGGUGGCUGGAGGGGCAGGAGGAGGGUACCCGAAUGUCGUUCCUCAGAAUCGAUCGAACAAAGUGCCAGCCGUUCAACUUUCUCAGAUGCAACUCGUCCAAUUCAAUGAAACUCUACAACAGGAACGACAGCAACAACAAUUGCAAUUCCAACAAGCUCAACAUCAUCAGCAACAUAUUCAGCAAUCGCAGCAAAUUCAACAACAGCAGCAGCAGCAGCAGGCUCAACAGAUCCAACAACAAGCCCACCAACAACAGCAUAUUCAACAACAAUUACAACAGCACAUCCAACAGCAACAGCAGCAAGCUCAACAGCUUCAACAACAGAUACUUCAACAACAACAACAACAGCAGCAGCAGCAACAACAACAGUCGCAGGCAGCUGCUGCAGCCGCCAUGUCUGGGGCUCCGUCGCCCGUGCCAUAUAAUUCCAUAGUAAGAGACAACAUAGCUGCAUACAAUGCCGGCUAUCACUGCACAAUGAAGCACUACAAGAAGCUUGAUCCCAACAUCUCAAUGGCCACACCUCAACGCAUCAGAAACCACGUUCUCAAAGCCAUCCACGAGAAGCAAAAGAGACAGCAGCAGGACGCUGUUUGCUGUCCAUCGUGUGACGUGGUGCCGACACCUCAACAGCGCAGUCAGCUGCUAGACACAGCCACGGUGGAGGCAUUGUUGAAGGAUGCUCCCAAAGUGCACGUUGAUGAGUCACAGUUACUAGAAACGCUCGAAAAUCUAGGCCUCGAAGAUAUGGCUUGUGUUGCAGAUCGGGAGCGGGUGAAAAUGCAAACAGAGGCGGCGAACUACGCGGCCGGGGUGGAGGAUGCAAUGCAAAUGCUGGGUGUGACGGGUGCCCCGCCACAACACCUGCUGCAGGGAGGUGCGGCGGCGGGGGGGCAGGUGCAGUACUUCACUGUGCCCUCGCCCAACGGACCCAACACCUUCCAACUGCAAUACCAAGUCAAUGCAGCAGCAGCAUCCUCCUCCCCCUCCUCCGCCACCACCGCCUCCUCCUCCGCGUUUCAGUCGCAGCUGCUCCUUCAGCAGCCGCCUCAACUAGAUAAGGAAGGCAGAGGUGCUAGUAACGAUGUACGGAUGUCGUUGCGCAAAGGAGAGGUACCUUGCAGUAAGGAUGGUUCACACCAGGGCACAGUAGCAGACAAGAAGCAGCAGCAGCAGCAGCCGCAACCGAGCGCUGCAGCCGCAGUUGCGGCACCAGUGGCGGCGCCGCCAACCACAAUCAAAAUUCCGGCCACUGUGCCGACGCCACCGGCGCCCAGUCAGAUCCCUUCGCCAAGUCAGAUGCAGUCCGCAGCCAAGGGCAAGAAGGCGCGCUACCAGCUGCCUGCCGCCACCGCGGCCACCGCAGCCGCCACUGGGCAAGGACAGCGAGCCACCGCACCGCCCAACGCCCUGGGAUUCAAUACGGUGGACUCAUCGACGGGGCCGUUCUCGUGCAUGGAUGUGGACUCUGAGACGGACAGCAACCACGACACGGCGCUGACGCUGGCCUGUGCAGGAGGCCACGACGAGAUUAUGGUUUUUGGUCGUUUGAAGGUGGUUGAACUGCUGUUGUCGAGAGGAGCGAACAAGGAGCAUAGGAAUGUUUCUGAUUACACACCUCUCAGCCUGGCUGCUUCAGGUGGCUACGGCAACAUCAUCAAACUGCUCCUCACUCAUGGCGCUGAAAUCAAUUCCCGUACCGGCUCCAAGUUGGGAAUUUCACCUCUCAUGCUUGCCGCUAUGAAUGGCCAUACUGGUGCUGUGAAAUUACUAUUGGACAUGGGAAGUGAUAUAAAUGCACAGAUAGAGACUAAUCGGAAUACAGCUUUAACCCUCGCCUGCUUCCAAGGCCGCCACGAAGUCGUCAGUCUGCUACUCGACAGAAAGGCCAAUGUCGAGCACAGAGCCAAGACCGGAUUAACGCCACUAAUGGAAGCAGCCAGUGGAGGAUACGUUGAAGUUGGCAGAGUGCUGCUAGACAAAGGCGCCGAUGUGAAUGCUCCUCCUGUUCCUUCUUCCAGGGACACAGCCCUCACCAUCGCGGCUGACAAGGGUCACUGCCGUUUCGUUGAACUGCUACUGUCAAGGUGUGCUCAAGUCGAGGUCAAGAACAAGAAAGGGAAUUCCCCUUUGUGGCUGGCCGCUAACGGAGGACACCUUAAUGUUGUCGAAUUGCUGUACAAUGUCGGUGCUGACAUUGACUCUCAAGACAACAGGAAGGUUUCCUGUUUGAUGGCGGCAUUCAGAAAGGGUCAUACUAAAGUUAUCAAGUGGAUGGUUAACCAUGUAACGCAAUUCCCCAGUGAUCAAGAAAUGUCCAGAUAUAUUUCAACUAUAAGUGAUAAGGAGCUUUUGGAAAAAUGCCAGGAGUGCGUGAAGAUCAUUCGAGCCGCUAAAGACAUGCAAGCGGCCAAGGCGAACAAAAAUGCGUCGAUUCUGCUGGAAGAGCUCGACAAAGAGAAGACACGAGAGGAAAGCAAGAAGGCGGCCGCCGCCCGUCGGAGGGAAAGGAAAAAGAAGAAGAAGCUGGAGAAGAAGGAGGAGAAGAGAAAAUUGCAAGAGGAGAAUCAGAAGAACGAAAUGAUUUGCAACAGCAGCAGCAUCAACGCCAAUGCCAACGAUGACGAUGAUGAAGAAGAAGAAGAGGAAGAGGAGGAGAAGGAAGAAAUAGAACCAGAGAGGAGCAUUGAGGAUGUGGCGAGUGGAGACUCGCCGUCGAGGGGGGGCGUCAGCGGCGUGGAGGUCGAGGAAGGUGAUAGUGGAAUCGAUGCCAACAGCCAGGGAAGUUGUAGUAGUAACGAAGUCAAAGCUGCUGCCAAAGAUAGGAGAAAAGAUAAGAAGAAGAAGAAGCCAGCCACUGCCUCCUCGGCGGCGAGUGGAGGCGGUGCUGGUGCUGGGGGCGGCAGCUCGGCUGCUGCUUCUGCUGCUGGCUCCACCUCCUCCACCACCAACUCCACCGCCCCCACCACCACCACUCAGUCUGAGUUACGGCUGCCAUCAACCAUCCCCAGCAAAUCGACUGCAGAGGAGAGGAGGAGUCCUGCUGCACAGUCAAGCAGCAAUAGUCAAACCAACCAAGCCAAAGGCUCGUCAGAAUCGGCACCAUCAUCUACCAAGUCAACGCCUCCCUCGAAAACCAAUUACCACAACCCCAAUGAUAACACCUCGUCGAAAGCCAGACAGACUGCUAAACCAAAACAACUCAUCUUUGAGUCCUCGAGACACCCGGCAGAGCGCGAAGACUUCGAAGCAACUGGCAAUGAGAUCUACGUGCCAGCUGUCAAGGGAAAGAAAAGCAACUAUAUGAAUAUGUACCCAGAAGAUGUAGUAAGCAGUUCAAGUAAAUCUGGUCCUGCAACUAGUCCAAAGCAAGCUAGUAAAAGAGAAGAAGGCUGGAAGGAAGUUGUCCGAAAGUACCUAAACUCGCCGUACAGAUCGAAGAAGGUGUCAGUUCCGUUGAAUGCGAUCAGUCGAGUGAUUGGCCGCGGCGGCAGCAACAUCAAUGCCAUUCGAGGCGCGACUGGGGCGCACAUCGAGGUCGAGAAGCAGAGCAAGGGCCAGGGCGAGAGAAUUAUCACCAUCAAGGGCUCUACUGAGGCUACCAAGCAAGCGCACUCUCUGAUAGCUUCUCUUAUAAAAGAUCCAGAGUUCGAUAUGCAAACACUGCCAAAACCAGCCAAUAAACAAGCAGCUGCCGCAUGGGAAAAGUCACAGGCAAAGGCCAAAAAUGUGUCAUCUAUGAGGAGUACAGGCGGCAGCGCCCAACCUUCAACUAGCGGAUUUGGACCAGUCACCACGUCUGCUAGCAAAGUUUCAGUUCCUUCUGCUGGCACAAAUGUGUCCGCAGCUUCAUUAAUGACAUCCACCCGCUCUUCAACAGCUCCUUCUAGAGUAACUGCACCCCGUCUGGUUGCAGCUGCUGAGAAGAGAGCGGCACAACUGGCGGCCGCGUCUGGCACGAAGACAACCAUGUCGUACACGUCGGUGAUAAUGACGCCGAGUCGCGCAACCGCCAAGACAGGUGCUGGGCCGAGCACGGCGGCCAGCAGCGGACCAAUCAUCGCCAGUCAGACGUUCGCCGCCAAGCUGCAAACGGCCGAGCAGCCGCCGCAGGCCCAGCCGCAGACGCAGCCGCCGCCGCAGCUGUCUCCGUCGGCUGCCGCAGCCAAGCACCAGCCGAUACCGCAGCAGCCAACACCAGUCAGCUCUGUUUCGCCGCAGCCCCCCCACCACCAUCACCCGCCCCCACCCCAGCAGCAGCCGGCUGCUCCUCCCUCCACCCCCUCGCCACCGGUCUCCACCGUCAACACGGCCCUCGAGUACUCGCUCUUCAAUGACACCUUCACCAAGGUUGCCCAGCAGUCGAUGUGGGGCAGGGAGAACGAGAUGUCGCAGAAAGGCAUGAACUUUGCCAGCGUGGCGGCCAAUGGCGUUCCCAGUGCGGCGGUCGGCGGCCCCGUCGGACCACCAACCAACAAGUUCCUCGACAAUCCUCCUCAGGUGGACGCAUCGAAGGCACCGGGCUACCGUGGAGCAUCGGUGUGCUCGCCUGUGUCGAAGGCAUCCGCGUCGCCACCCUCGAUGCAGCAGCAGCAGCAGCAGCAGCAACAGCAGCAGGCAGCAGCCUACUCGACGUAUGGGGGGCAGUCGGAGGCAGUGCCGCCCCCAGGCCAGCCCUACAACAUGCCCACACUCUUUCCUGCAGCCGAACAUUCGAACCAACUGCUGAAAAUGGUGCCCGCCGACUCGCCCUACCAUCAGAUGAGCUACUCGCAGCCGCCGGUCACCACCACCGUCACCAUGUCCAGGCUCAAUCCUAGAGCACCCGACUUCUCCAGCACUAUCAAGCCGCAACAACAGCAACAGGCACAGCAACAACAACAACAACAGCAGGCUCAGCAGCAACAACAGCAGCAAGUUCAGCAGCAGCAGCAACAGACUGCUCACUACAGUCCUGUGCCACCGCCCACCAGCUACAUGCCUCCGCCCCCUCCACCCCAGGCGGCAGCAGCAGCAGCUGCGGCGGCAAUCCUCGCCAACAACAAUGUCAUUUCGUACGGCAAGUACCCGCAGCCUGGGCCGCCACCGCGACCCAAUGGCCAGACGGCGAGGUGGCCCUUCGUGGCGGCGCCCUACCAGACGGAGAUGCUGACGGCCAACUACACGACGCUGGCCACACUGAACGCAAUGAGUCACGACCUGCUUGCCGGCCUCGAGAACGGCGCUGGCUCCGGCUCGUCACCGUCCUCGCCCCAGUGCCCCGCCCCCGCCCAGGCCCCGGCCCCCGCCCCACCACUCGACGACCGCAAGGCGCCGCCUCGGCCCAUCGGCACCGAGCGCGCCUGGAAGCAGUAUGGCGCCGGACUGGGUGCCGCAGCUGAGCUCGACAUGAACACCUCGUGGAUGAUGGACCCAAGAUACAGUGGAACACGGCCGCCGAUCGCCAUCAGCUGUUCAGGACCAAUCCGGGCCCAGCUCCCUUCUCGCACCGGCUGCACAUGCAUGACGACCUGCAAAUGCUCGAAUCAUCCACCUUUCCGGGAACUUUUGAAUGUGUACGACAUGCCAGAUGCCCAGCAGCAGUUCAACGGAGGGGGAGGGGGUCCGGCGUUGAAUGUGAUGCACUCGCUGCCGCUGCACUCACUGCCAGCCUACAGCGAUGCCAGCCUUCCACCUGAUGCUCUCAAGAUCGACUCAACACCUGCCUGGGAUCCCUCGCGUAUACCACUUCCUGAACUUCCCGAAAAACAACAAGGAUGGGCGGCAAAGUGGAGUCACUAGACUUGAAGUCAGGAAGAAGACAAGAACAUCUUUUUAGCAUGAUCGUUUUAAACAGGCACAUUUAAUAGAACACUUGCUUGUUCGUUUGUUUUGUUGGCGUAGUAUGACCUUAAUAUCAAUGUUUCCAAUUUUCUCGCUGUAAAGAAAUCCCUCAUAUAUAUUGAAAAUCGAAUAUGAUUUGAUGAAUUGUACCGUCACGGUUAUCAUGAUUAUUAUUAUUACUACAAAUAUAUUAUUAAUUACUUAUUGUUAUUAUAUUUAUCAUUAGCAGCGUUCUCUUGGAUAUGGUGUAAAUACAGCUCGUCGAGUUUGCACACUUGGUGUGUGAAUCGCUUGCUGGCAUCUCUAUGAUCAAAAGAACAAUUCUCAUCCAGAAAUAUGACAAUUUUUUAUUUUAUCUCUCUUUUCUGGUAGUUGUGUGUAUAAGCUUCUGUGUUAAUAUUUUCUAAGCAUGGGAUCAUAAGGUCUUCAGUUUUCUAUAAAACGUUACAUACAGAAAAGUAUUGCAGUUAUUGGUAACUACAUUGAAGAACUAGCUUAAUUCGAUUGUAAACUAAAGUGAUACUUUAAUAA